GUUGACAUUUGUCAUCUCAACAUGGAUGGAUAUUCGAUGAAAAAAUAUAGUAAUAAUGCGAGUACUGAAAAAGCAAACAAAAUAUGGUUCUUAUCAAGUUACAGUAACGAUUCUCGAAGCAAGACAUCUCGUUCAAAACGGAAAUCCGAUGGUCGUAGUAAAAGUUGGCAGUCAAAAAAAAAGGACCGUUGUUCGUGAAAGGACAGAUAAUCCCUUUUUUAACGAGUAUUUUGUCUUCGAUCUGAAGUGCAAUUUUGAUGCUUUUCUAAGCACGCAGAUUAUUAUAUCAGUUUAUCUACGAGGCUGCCUGGGGCGAAUCAAAUUUUACGGAAGCAUUGUUUUCGAAGUGGCGACGGUAUGGGAUCAACCAGACCACGAAUAUUAUCACAAAUGGGCAAUGCUCACGAAUCCAAAGGAUCCUUCUGGAGGAGCCAAAGGAUACGUUAAGUGUAAUAUUGUCGUUCAAGCAAGAGGCGUCAAAGUAAAAGCACAUCCGGAAACAGAUGGCGAAGACGAUAUCGAAGGAAAUUUAUUACUUCCCCUGGGAGAUGGUUUACAACUCACGAGACAAAGAGCUAGAUAUAUUUUUUCAAUUUAUCGAGCAGAUGGUUUAACCGGUUCGAUCGGCUCUUGUCACUGCUCAAGUGGUCCCAAAGAUAUUAAUCCAUUUGUGCAAAUAUCAUUUGCUGGUAUGAAGGGUUCUACGAGCGAACUGAUACACGAUUAUGAACCUCGAUUCAAUGAAAAAAUUGUUUUUAAGGAAAUGUUUCCACCUUUAUUUCAUCGUGUUAGAAUUGUUUUAAAGAAUCGUAUUAGCAGUUGCAGUAGUAAUAUAAUUGCGAUCUACAUUCUUAAUCUGAGGAAUAUUUCACAUUCCGGAGAAUACGGAUUUCUACCUACUUUCGGCCCAUCUUUUAUUCACCUUUAUGGAUACGGUUCAGCCACAAGGUAUUCUUGCACGGGAAAUUGUUCAAUUGCGUUACCAAUAUAUCGAGGAAGACUGCUGCUUUCGCUAAAAACGGAAAUCGAUGAUCCAGAAUCAUCUACGGCGACCGGAGUUCAAGUGGAAGCAGCAGCGGCCAUCAUAGAGAAAAGUUUAUGGAAGACACAGCAAUAUCUUCUGGUUGGUGUAUUAUAUGAUGUAUGCAUGAUAGAUAGAAGUCAAUUUAGGACGAAAUUCAUCAGCUUUGAAAUCAAUCUGGGGAACGCAGGGAAUCGACAAUUUUCGCACGGUCGUUGCAUUCCAAAUGAAAGUGAUGAGCCGGAAAGUGAGCAAACGAUAAAAAAAAAUUUUGAUUAUGAAAGUCAAACUCCAUCAAGAGCAACGGCUACUAUGGAUGGAAAAUAUAAUUAUAUGCCAUUAGGAUCCAGUAAACCCUGCAUAUAUGUCAAAUCCUGCUGGCCAAAUCUGCAAUGGCGCACUAUGAAUAGCAAUAUUCUUUCAUUUGUUGCCAAUUUUCUUGAAUUGGAACUUGAAAAACUAGAGGCUCUAGUUGCAGUAGAGCAUGAAAGCGCAUACGAAAAAUACAAUGAGUUGAUAAAAUCCUUAAAGCGCUAUUGUUUGGACUACAUGAAAAUGCUGGAUACGGGCAGAUUUGAGAAUGAAGGUGGCACAACUAAACUCGACAGGCACAGAGUAAAUUUGUGUCGCCAAGAGAUAAAAAAAAUUCUAAAAAUUGUUAAAAUAAAUGGGGCUCUUGUAAAUAACCAUUAUAUCAACAUCGCCAUGAUGCAUGCCUACAAAUACUUACGUAAACUACGAGGGAUUUGUGAAGACCAUAAUUUACCGGACGUAUUCAUCUGGAUGCUGGUGGGAUCAAAGCGCGUGGCUUACGCACGACUGCCGGCCUCCCGGAUCAUCUACUCUGAGGAAAACGUGGCACGUGGCUCGGAAUGUGGAGAACGCAUAAAUUUAUUCAUGAAAAAUGCAGAGGACGAAAGCGAUGCGCCCGAUUACAACGCAUGUAAAGUGGAAAUAUUUUUAUGGUUGGGAAACAUGAGAUUCGCAGCGGCUUGUUGGAGCGCUAUCCCGCCUGGUUACGAGUUGGAUCAAGAAUUGAACCUUGACACGUUUCCUCGCUUCUUCAAAUACAACGACUCCUCGAAGUUCCAGUUGCGAGCUCACGUAUAUCAAGGACGCUUUGAUCCCGGAAUGGACACAUCUGGCUUAUUGGAUCCAUUCGUGCGGGUUGUAUUUCACGGUUACACUUUGCUCACAAAAGUCAUUAAACAGAGUCUCAACCCCUUUUGGAAUCAAACCCUCAUUUUUCCUCCCGUGGAAUUACAUGGAACGAGAGAUCACCUGAAAAUCUUCCCACCAAAGAUUGUUGUAGAAGCGUUCGAUAAGGAUUUAUGUGGGACCACGGAAUUUUGCGGUAGAUGCGUUGCAACCCCGGUAGUAAAACUCAACUCGGAAACAUAUUCACCACCCAAUUUCCCACCCACUUUGCAAUGGUACAAAUUCCACUCACAAAGAGAAUGCAGUGGAGCGGUGUUAGCAGCUUUUGAACUCAUAGAGGUAGGAAAUGAAGAAGUGGUGGAUUUGCCUUUGAACGCUUCAACAAAUAACAAGAUUUAUAAAGUGCCAGACGACAUUAGGCCGAAAAUGACGAGUUACCGUUUCGAGGUAAUAUUUUGGGGCGUCCGCGACAUGAAGAAGAUAAAUUUCGUUCCAGUUCACAAACCGCGAAUUGUGAUAGAGUGCUCUGGAGUUCACAUCAAGUCGGAGGUGAUGGAAAAUGCAAAGAAAUUCUCCAAUUUCGAAGAGACUCAUCUCAUGGUUAAUUUAGAUAUGCCAGAAGAAAAUAUUUAUUGUCCUGCGAUUUCCAUAAAAGCCUACGACUCUCGAGGGUUUGGAUGUUUCAAAUAUGCAGGUGUCUGCAUUAUCCCGACUGCUUAUAAAUUUUUUCAACAAUUAAUAACUGCAGAGGAUUAUGAGAGCCAAAUUUACGAAAUGAAGACCACUGAACUUCAGAAGCGAAUGUCCUCUACAGUCUUGUCGCUUCCAUAUGAUUAUGACCAAGAAAAAGAGGAAAGCAUGGGUCUAAUUAGUUACAAGAAAAUGGCAGGGCAAGACGUGCGUUCUAAAAUAAAAAUGUUUUUUGUUUCCAUUACACGCCUCAUAAAACACAAAACUGCAGACAAAAGUAUAGAAGAAGUGUACGAAAGCGACAAAGAUGAGUCUCAUGAUUGGUGGAGCAAAUAUUACGCUUCCCUCGAGAUUUAUUCUACCGAAUUAGAAAUGCAACCACAGUUCUCAGGAUUUCAAGACAGACUCAGGACUUUCGAAUUGUGGAGAGGGAAAAAGUCUGGUGAUCCAACUUUCGAUGACAAGAAUUAUGCUGGAAAAUUCAAGGGAUUUAUAGCAAUAUACCGAUGGCCUCAUCCUGAAAAAUUGCCUUGUAAAACGAACACAGGCAGAAAUUCUGCGGAUGGUCUCUGCAACGAUUACCCUCCACAAGAGCCCCUUCAUCUACUCGUGCGGCUGUACGUCAUAAAAGGUAUCAACUUACACCCUCACGAUCCUCUCUCUGGAAAAUCUGAUCCGUACCUCCGUGUCAGUCUCGGGAAAAAUGCAAUUAACGAUAGAAAAAAUUAUGUUCCCAACCAAUUAAACCCAACCUUUGGCAGAUUGUUUGAAAUGGAGGCGAAAUUUCCGAAGGACUAUCUAUUGACGAUACAAGUUUGGGACUAUGAUGCGACUACACCCGAUGACUUGAUUGGGGAGACAAAGGUUGACAUCGAGAAUCGAUUUUACAGCAGACACCGAGCGCAAUGCGGAAUCGCGAGAACCUAUAAUACCACGGGAUACAAUGCAUGGCGAGAUCGGGAAAAACCAACUCAGAUACUGGAGUUUUUGUGCCAGAAGAACAAUUUACCGGCGCCCGACUAUCAGGAAAAUUGUGUCAAGAUAGGGAAACGAAAGUUUUCUUUUGCCGCGAACGUAAAGGAGGAUGAAAUUAAUCAGGAAGAUUGUAUGGCUUUGAACGUCCUUCAUCAUUGGGAUGAGUUCCCUAUCUGCGGUUGUCCUUUAGUACCUGAGCAUCUUGAAAGACGACCACUUUUCAACCACAAGAGAUUAGGGCUGGAGCAGGGCAAGUUAGAAAUGUGGAUAGACAUGUUUCCGAUGAACGAGCUUCCGCCAAAACCGGCGAUUGAUAUCUCGCCCCAAACCCCGGAAGACUUCGAACUUCGAGUAAUAAUCUGGAAUACCGAGAACGUUCCUCUUGUUGAUAAUCAGUUCCUGACCGGCGAAAAAUGUUCCGACAUCUACGUCAAAGGUUGGAUCCUGCCAGAAGACAUCCAGAAGACAGAUACUCACUAUAAUUCAUUGACAGGCGAGGGAAAUUUUAAUUGGAGAUUUGUAUUUCAUUUGACUUUUUCGAGGGCUGAGCAUCUACUGGUUGUCAGGAAAAAGGUAUCAGCUUUCGCGAGAGAUGAAACGGAAGUGAAACUGCCAUGCAGAUUUAACCUGCAGGUUUGGGACAGCGACCAUUUCUCGCCAGACGACUUUUUAGGAUCGCUUACUUUUGAUUUAUCGAAAAUGCCGAAGGGAAGCUCGAAUCCGAAAAACUGUACUUUGAAGCUUAUGGAUCCAAACUCACCUACUGUUAAUUUAUUCAAAAUUAGAAGGACGAAAGCUUGGUGGCCUUUCACCGCUAGUGCGAGCACAGGAAAAUACGUACAGGCUGGGAAAGUAGAAAUGGAAAUGAUAUUAGUAUCCAGCCUGGAAGCGGAGGAGCAACCAGUGGGAAAAGGAAGAAAUGCUCCUGAGCCUCUUCCUCCCCCAGAUCGACCUGACACGUCCUUUUCCUGGUUUCGAAAUCCGUGGAAAGCUUGCUGUUUCGUGGUUUGCCGCUAUUACAAGUGGAGGAUACUUUGCUGUUUUGGUUUCCUACUUCUGAUACUUCUUGUAGCUUGUGCCAUUUACGCCUUUCCUGGAUAUUUAGUCAAGCGUUUAUUGGGAGCCUAA